GCACGGCCACGGGGGAACCUGGCAUCCUCGCUCCUGAUGGUCGUCGCCUUGGCUGCGCGUCUCUCUGCCACCACCAGCGAAGUGAACUUGCUCGACACGUCAACAAUCCCAGGGGACUGGGGCUGGAUGACUUAUCCCUCACAUGGGUGGGAUUCCAUCAAUGAAAUGGAUGAGUUCUUCAGCCCCAUCCACACCUACCAGGUCUGCAACGUCAUGACCCCCAACCAGAACAACUGGCUACGGACCAACUGGGUUCAGCGUGACGGGGCACGCCGGGUCUACGCCGAGAUCAAGUUCACCCUGCGGGACUGUACCAGCAUGCCAGGCGUGCUGGGCACCUGCAAGGAGACCUUCAACCUCUACUACCUGGAAUCCGACCGCGACCUGGGCACCAGCACCCGGGAGAGCCAGUUCCUGAAGAUCGACACCAUCGCGGCCGACGAGAGCUUCAGCAGCGUGGACCUUGGCGUGAGGCGCCUGAAGCUGAACACGGAGGUGCGGGGCGUGGGGCCGCUGAGCAGGAGAGGCUUCUACCUGGCCUUCCAGGACAUCGGCGCCUGCAUCGCCAUCGUGUCCCUCAGGGUGUACUACAAGAAGUGCCCGGCCAUGGUGAGGAACUUGGCGUCCUUCUCCGAGGCCGUGACUGGGGCCGACUCGUCGUCCUUGGUGGAAGUGAGGGGAGAGUGUGUGGGUCACUCAGAGGAGAGGGACACCCCCAAGAUGUACUGCAGCGCCGAGGGAGAGUGGCUGGUGCCCAUCGGGAAGUGCGUGUGCAGCGCUGGCUACGAGGAGCAGCGCGAUUCCUGCAUGGCCUGCCAGCUGGGAUUUUACAAGUCAGCACCCGGGGACCAGCUGUGUGCCAAGUGCCCGUUGCACAGCCACUCGGAGAGCCGGGCUGCCCGCGUCUGCCGCUGCGACAGCAGCUUCUACCGGGCGCUGCAGGACCCUCCCUCGGCCGCCUGCACCCGCCCCCCCUCUGCUCCCGUCAACCUCAUCUCCAGCGUGAACGGCACCUCGGUGAGCCUGGAGUGGGGACCCCCCCUGGACAAGGGCGGCCGUGCCGACGUGGUGUACAACGUGCUGUGCCGGCGCUGCGCCGGGGCCACGGGGCCGUGCCAGGGCUGCGGCAGCGCCAUCCGCUUCGUGCCCCAGCAGAUGAGCCUGGUGCAGGGAGCGCUCACCGUCACCAACCUCCUGGCGCACACCAACUACUCCUUCUGGGUCGAGGCCGUCAACGGCGUCUCUGACCUCAGCCUGGAGUCCAGGAGAGCUGCCGUGGCCAACAUCACGACAAACCAGGCAGCCCCGUCCCAGGUGGUGGUGGUUCGCCAGGAGAGCACCGGCCAGAACAGCGUCACGCUGCUGUGGCAGGAGCCAGACCAGCCCAACGGCAUCAUCCUGGAGUAUGAGAUCAAGUACUACGAGAAGGACAAGGAAAUGCAGAGCUAUUCAACUCUGAAAUCCAAGGGAACCACUGCCACCAUCUCUGGGCUGAAGCCUGCAACCCGCUACAUCUUCCAGGUCCGGGCUCGCACGUCCGCUGGCUGCGGGAGGUUCAGCCAGACCGUGGAGGUGGAAACUGGGAAGCCAGUCUCCCUCCGGUACGACACGAUGACGAUUGUCUGGAUCAGCCUGACUCUCAUCACUGGCCUCGUUGCAUUGCUGGUGGUCCUAAUCUGCAAGAAGAGGCACUGUGGCUACAGCAAGGCUUUCCAGGACUCUGACGAGGAGAAGAUGCAUUAUCAGAAUGGGCAAGUGAAGUUCCCUGAGUCCAAGUUCUACGUGGACCCCCACACGUACGAGGAUCCCUGCCAGGCUGUGCACGAGUUCACCCGGGAAAUCGAGGCCUCUCGGAUCAGGAUUGAGAAGGUCAUCGGGUCUGGGGAGUCUGGAGAGGUGUGCUACGGCCGCCUGAAGCUGCCUGGGAAGAGGGAGAUUCCUGUGGCCAUCAAGGCACUGAAGUCUGGUUACACAGAGAAGCAGAGACGGGAUUUCCUGAGUGAAGCCAGCAUCAUGGCACAGUUUGACCACCCCAAUGUCAUCCACCUGGAGGGGGUGGUGACCAGGAGCAAAUUGGUAAUGAUUGUCACUGAGUACAUGGAGAAUGGCUCGCUAGACACCUUCCUCAGGAAGCACGAUGGGCAGUUCACCAUCAUCCAGCUGGUGGGCAUGCUGCGGGGCAUCGGCGCGGGGAUGCGCUACCUGGCUGACCUGGGCUACGUGCACAGGGACCUGGCAGCCAGGAACAUCCUGGUCAACAGCAACCUGGUGUGCAAAGUGUCUGACUUUGGCCUCUCACGCAUCCUGGAGGAUGACCCUGAUGCUGCAUACACCACCACGGGGGGGAAGAUCCCCAUCCGCUGGACGGCUCCAGAGGCCAUCGCCUACCGCAAGUUCUCCUCGGCCAGCGACGUCUGGAGCUACGGCAUCGUCAUGUGGGAGGUGCUGGCCUACGGCGAGCGGCCCUACUGGAACAUGACCAACAGGGAUGUCAUUAACUCGGUGGAGGAAGGUUACCGCCUGCCAGCCCCCAUGGGCUGCCCCACAGCCCUGCACCAGCUCAUGCUGGACUGCUGGCAGAAGGACCGAGGGGACAGGCCACGCUUCUCCCAGAUUGUGGGUGUCCUGGACAAGCUGAUCCGCAACCCCGACACCCUGAAGGGCACGGCCACCGUCAGCCGGUUCACCCAGACGCCGUUUGAGCGGAGCCCAGGCGGCUGCCUGACCGUGGAGGACUGGCUGGACUCCAUCUGCCUGGGGCACUACCGCGACAACUUCGCCAUGGCAGGGUACUCGUCCCUGGGCAUGGUGAUGCGCAUGAACAUCGAGGACGUUCGGAGCCUGGGCAUCACCAUGAUGGGCCACCAGAAGAAGAUCCUGAGCAGCAUCCAGGCCAUGAGAUCCCAGCUGCUGAACACAAAUGGCCCCAGGAGGCAUCUCUGA